AUCGAGGGCUCUGGCCGCGAUCCGUCAUGGCGUCGUAGUCUUGCCGGGGGCCUCGGACCUUGGGGCCCCUCCCUGGCCCUUUCGGCUCUGGCCCUGCCUCGCAGGAGGCCUGGCUGGACCCGAGCGCGGAGGAGCGCCGGGGGCACCCGCAGAUGGGCCGGGGCGGCAAGGGCAGGGGCGACGGCGGUGGCAAGGGGAAGUGGCGGGCAGCGGGCGCUGGCGCGGCCAAGGCGGCCGGCCCCGCAAGCGCAGGAGCGCCGCGGCGCACGCCCGAGGGCGUAGCGCCGGCCCGAGGCAAGCGCCCGAACGGCAGCGGCGAGGCCGUGGCCGUCGUGGGCGGCGGGCUCGCGGGGCUGGCGUGCGGCUGGGGCCUGCUGGAGCGCGGGCUGCCGGCCGUCGUGCUCGACACGGGGAAGCGCGGCCCUGGUGGCCGCGCCUCCUCGCGGGUCGUGUCGGCCGGGGGCUGCUCGCACGUGGUGGACCAUGCGGUGCAGGCGUUCACGGCCAGCGUGCCAGAGGUGCAGCGGCUGCUGGAGCAGAUGGAGGCCGCGGGCGCCGCGAGACGCUGGCGGGGGCGCGUCGGGACGGUGGACAUGGGCGGUGCCUUCCGCCUGCGCGACGAGGCAGCGGACGGCCCCCUUUGGAUCGGCAGCCGCGAGAGGGGAGUCGGAGCCAUCUCCGAGUGGCUGGCGGAGAAGCAGGAGGUGAUUAAGGACGUCUGGGUGGCGAAGCUGAGGUGGGCCGACGGAGCAGGCUGGGAGCUCUUGGGGCAGAGGGGGCAGCUGGUGGGCGAGCACACUUACAACUAUGUCGUCAUGGCGCAUAACGGCAAGUGCGCGGACCGCCUCAUCAACACGGCCCCUUGCCGGACCGCCGCGCAUGACCCGUUGCGGUGCCGAUUCACUGCGAAGGCGUCCGUGACCAGCGACCGGCUGGAGCUUAGUUCUCUGUGGGUCUGCGUCCUGGAGGCGCCCCGCGGCGUCGCAGACUUCGAGGGCGCGUUCGUGGAGGGAAGCGCAGUGCUGAGCUGGGUGGGAAACAACUCCGCGAAGUAUGACCAGACCUGGGCCAGGGACAGCGAUGUGUGGACGCUGGUGUCCACGCCCGAGUACGGUGCCAAGAACAAGUGUCCCCAGGAGGCUAUCCCGGCCGACGUGCGACAGAAAGUGUCCUCCGAGAUGAUUUCCGCUUUCGGUGCGGUCCUCGGGCCCCAGCGCGGCGGCGGCCUGCAGCGGAGCCCAGUGCUGCACCUGCAGCUCUGGGGCGCCGCGCUGCCGCUGAACGUGUGCGCGCAGCACUUCAUCCACGACCCAGAGGCCCGCGUGGGCGUCUGUGGCGACUGGCUCACCACGCCCUCUGUUGAAGGAGCGCUGUUCAGCGGCCUGGCGCUGGCAGAGGCCCUCGCCCGGGACCUGCGUCGUGGCGGGCUGCCAGGCACUGGAUCGCGCCGCUUUGUGGGCAGCGGCGGCCACGCCCUUGGACACUUUGGGCGCUCCGACGCGGCCCCGAGCGCAGCAGAAGCCGUGGACCAGCUCCUGGGCGCCGCUGCGCCCGCGCCCUCGGCCGCGUGCGCCGAGGCGGGCGGUGGUGCGCCGGUGCCGCAGGGACGCCCGCCCGUCCCUGCCGGUGGCUCUCGCUGGCGGCGCCGAGAGCCCGCCAGCGAGGGCGCCGCGCCCUCUCCGGCGGCCGUGCCCGCCGCCACGGCCAGCGCUGCGUCCAGCGCCGCAUGGGGGCGCGAGGGGCAGCAGGCGUGCCACGGUGCACCUCUGCGUCUGGCCGCGCUGGCGGCCUGGGCCGUGCAGGGUGCGGGCCUCGUGGACAUCGGCGCGAACAUGUCCAAGUGCAAGCCGCAGGACCUCGCCGAGCAGCUGGCUCGGGCCGCGGCGGCAGGCGUGGGCAGGAUGAUCCUGACGGGCUGCAGCGUGAAGGGGUCACGAACCGCACAGCAGCUCUGCGAGUCGUGGAGCGGCGCCGCUGGCUGCCAGAGGGCCCUGUCGCACCUCGGCGCCGCCGCGGUGCGGGAGGUGGGCGCGGCCGGCAUCAAGGAGUUCCCAGUGCUCACGUUCACUGCCGGCGUGCAUCCGCACGACGCGAGCACCUGUGACGCGGGCACCCUCCCGGCGCUCCGCGGCAUGGCGGCCCACGAGCAGUGCGUGGCCAUCGGCGAGUGCGGGCUCGACUACGACCGCAUGUUCUCGCCGAGGGACGUGCAGCUGGAGUGGUGCCGCCGGCAGGUGGAGCUCGCAGUGGAACUGGGCAUGCCCCUCUUCAUGCACGAGCGGGACAGGGACGCGAGCAAGGGCCCGCGGCUCGGCUCCGCCAGGGACCUUCUGGGCAUCCUGGACGACAUCGGCGUGGAUCCCGCCCGCGUGUGCGUGCACUGUUACACCGGGCCGUCCGAGGAGCUCCAGGUUUACGUCUCGCGGGGAUUCUUCAUCGGCCUGACAGGCUUCGUGGGCAUGACGCGCCGAGGCGAGCACGUCCGAGACUACCUCAAGAAGGGCCACAUACCGCUGCAGCAGCUCAUGAUCGAGACGGACUGCCCCUUCAUGAUGCCCGACAGGGACUACCUGCCGGACGAGAUCGGACUGCAGGGCAAGCGGAUGGAGCCUUGCGCCCUGCCCGCCGUGUGCCGAGCGGCGGCGGAGUGCUUGGGCGUGCCCGAGGCCGAGGUCGCCCGUGCCACCUCCAGCAAUUCCGCCCGCUUCUUCGCGCGGUAACGCGGCCGCCUAGGUCCUUGCCCCCCCGAUGGCUGGGCGACCCUGGCCUCCGCCUGGCGGGGGAGCCAGGGCAGCCCAGGGGGCGGCUGGGCGGCGGCCGCCCGCAGGGGCGCAGCUCUUUUCGGCGUGAGGCGCGCCUCUGUCGUGUGUGUGUGUGCGUGGUGCACACAGGACCGCAGGUUGUGUGUCAGUCCCAGUGUGGUGGCACGGGGCUGCCUGGUCAGGGGCGACCCCUGCAGUACCAGGUGGCGCGGUAGGCGCUUUCCCCUCGUUGCAUCACGCCUACCAGUGGUAAGUGUGUUGGCGCCAGGUCCUCGUCCGAUGUUUCUCCUGGCUCUUGGUGCAUACCAUUGUCGGCGGUGAGCGCUCUGAUUUCCGAGGCCCUCGUCUUGCCAGCAGCAGUGGUCAGCAGCACAGAUGCUGAACAAUCGGUGGGUCGCUAAAAAUUGUCCUGCUUGUCCGGCGGAUCACUCCUUCUUGUUGUCGACACUGC